GCGGCGGUGAAGACACCACACAAACAGCUCGCGCCCAGGACACCUCGGUAGGCCCUGAGCGCGCGGGCGCAGGGCCCGGAGAAGGCGCGCGCCGGCCCGGCCGCCGGCCGCAUGGAGCGCAGCGCGGCCCGCGCUUCCCGGGCGGCGCAGGCGGAGGCAGCGGCGCGCUCGCUCACACCCACCCCCGCCCGCGGCCGGCGCGCCGCCCCACCGUAGCCGCCGGCGUCCCCGCGGGCCGGGCCAGCGAAGGCGGCGCCCGCGCGUCUUGCAGCCAGCGGCCGCGGCCAGCCCCGGAGGCGACCCCGCAGCCCCGCAGCCGCGCGUCCCCGGGCCCAGCAGUAGCAGCAGCAGCAGCCGCAGCAGCAGCCGCGAGGAGCCCGGCGCCCCGGGCCCGCAGCCCGGCGCAGGCAGGCAGGCAUGCAGGCGAGGCGCCUGGCCAAGCGCCCCAGCCUGGGCAGCCGCCGCGGGGGCGCUGCGCCCGCUCCCGCCCCCGAGGCCGCCGCGCUGGGGCUCCCGCCCCCCGGCCCCAACCCGGCCGCCGCACCGGGAAGCUGGAGGCCGCCGCUCCCGCCGCCGCGCGGGACCGGUCCCCCGCGCGCCGCCGCCGCCUCGUCGCCGGUCCUGCUGCUGCUGGGCGAGGAGGACGAGGACGAGGAGGGCGCGGGCCGGAGGCGCAGGGCGCGCGGGCGGGGGGCGGAGAAGCCCCGAGGGGGCGCGGAGGAGGAGGACGACGACGAGGAAGAGGACGAAGAGGUGGUCGUCGAGGUGGUGGACGGCGACGAGGACGACGAGGACGCCGAGGAGCGCUUCGUGCCCCUCGGACCGGGCCGUGCGCUACCCAAGGGCCCGGCCCGGGGAGCCGUGAAGGUGGGGAGUUUCAAGCGAGAAAUGACCUUCACAUUUCAAUCAGAGGACUUGAAACGAGACUCCAGUAAGAAAAUGUCACACCACUUGUUUCCACUGGCCAUGGAGGAAGACAUGAAAACAGUGGACACCAAAAAAGCCAACCGGAUCCUUGACCAAGAGAAAGAAAACACUCGAUCCAUCUGUCUCCUUGAGCAAAAGCGAAAAGUGGUUUCCUCUAAUAUUGAUGUCCCUCCAGCAAGAAAAUCUUCAGAGGAACUGGACAUGGACAAGGUGACUGCGGCAAUGGUGCUAACCAGCUUGUCAACCAGCCCUUUGGUCCGGAGCCCUCCUGUGCGACCCAAUGAGGGCCUCAGCGGGUCCUGGAAGGAGGGUGCACCGUCCAGCAGCAGCAGCAGCGGCUAUUGGAGCUGGAGUGCUCCCAGUGACCAGUCCAACCCGUCCACACCCUCGCCACCAUUGUCGGCCGACAGCUUCAAGCCCUUCCGCAGCCCGGCGCCGCCUGAUGACGGCAUCGACGAGGCGGAGGCCAGCAACCUGCUCUUCGAUGAGCCCAUUCCCAGGAAGAGAAAGAACUCCAUGAAGGUGAUGUUCAAAUGCCUUUGGAAAAACUGUGGCAAGGUGCUGAACACCGCAGCCGGUAUCCAGAAGCACAUCCGGGCCAUCCACCUCGGGCGAGUUGGAGAAUCUGACUACAGUGAUGGAGAAGAGGACUUCUACUACACUGAGAUCAAGCUCAACACGGACUCAGUGGCUGAGGGCCUGAGCAGCAUGGCCCCAGUGUCGCCCUCCCAGUCCCUGGCUUCACCUCCUAUGUUUCCUGUCCCAGACUCCAGCCGAACAGAAAGUCCUUGUGCCAAAACAGACACCAAGCUGAUGACGCCACUGAGCCGCUCAGCCCCAACCACCCUCUACCUCGUGCACACCGACCACGCUUACCAGGCCACACCCCCAGUGACUAUUCCGGGAUCUGCUAAGUUCACCCCCAACGGCAGCAGUUUCAGCAUUUCCUGGCAGUCCCCGCCAGUCACUUUCACCGGUAUUCCUGUGUCUCCAACACAUCAUCAUCCAGUGGGCUCAGGAGAGCAGAGACAGCAUGCCCACACGGUCCUGUCCUCCCCACCCAGAGGGACAGUCAGCCUCAGGAAGCCUAGAGGCGAAGGUAAAAAGUGCCGCAAGGUUUAUGGGAUGGAAAACCGGGACAUGUGGUGCACCGCCUGCCGCUGGAAGAAGGCCUGCCAGCGGUUCAUCGACUGAGCCAGGAAGCAGGCUCAGCCUAGCCAUUCCUGCCUCACCUUCCACUGCAGGUGAUGGGAAAGCCUCUCCUUCCAAAGGAAGCCGUUCAAGGCCCAGGGAAAGCCCUUCCUGGAAUUCUGGGAAUAUAAUUCCUUGGUGGAAUUAAAGCAAAAAAGAAGAAAAAAAUCAGCACCUGCACUGGUCUGAGAACCUGAGUGAGAGCAGCCAGAAUGACUUUUUCCUUCAGGAAAAAAGUCAACUUUGUAUGCUCUCCAUCUGGUCUUAAAACUGGACUUCUGUAGCAACUUAACCAGCCAGGCCCAUUUUACCUAGAAAGAUUUUGAUAAGCUUUCUGAAUUGUGGUAUUUUCAAGGGAUUUUGACACUUAAACAGUAUGCCCAUAAGCUACACAGUGUUAGCUAGUAUUGGUACAAAGGAUAACCUACCUUGUGAAUAGGCAUUUCUCUGUUUUCCAUUCAACUCCUUGGAGCAGUCUGGAUCAUGAUGUGUUUCAAGAAAGAGCUGCACUCUGGUUAUCUUUUCUAUAUCUGUUUUGUUUUCAAGAAGGACCCCAAGAGGAGCCGUUGUAAAGAUGUUAGCUUGGAGGCCCCAGGUAGCAUAAGGCCAAAAGUGAUGGGCAGUGGGAAUCCCCAGUAGACGUCAGCUGCAAGCUGAGACCAGGACGCCAGGAGGCACUGCAGAGAGUACCUGGGAGUCGUCCUUGGGGCCCAGGUGAGGCACAGCCACUUCUCUGCCUGCCACUCUCAGAUGAGAACUGGGAGCCAUCCGGUAAGGCUCGACGCUUCUUUCAGGGAUGUCACAGGAACUGCAGCUUUGUCUUGUCAAGACUGUGGCCAGGACCGUAGGUUAUCAUCCUGCUCUCCAAACCCCACCCAGGUAGAAAUCUCCAGACUGGCCCCACAGCUUUGCUUCGCGCAGAGCACGCUGACAGGCCCCUACCUGGAGAAAGUCCCACUAGGGCAGCAAACGCACUUCCAUUCUGAGGGCACUUUGACAGACUUCAUGCUUUACCUGUCCAGGAGAUGAGUUAGUGGACAUAGUGACACUCAUGGGUAAUGGAGAUCUAAACCUUUUUGUUUCUUACAAAAAUAUUGGAGCAAUGAAUUAUGAAUUCACUCAGAAACUAACUUUUGGGAUGCCCAAAGGAAAAUGCAUCUUGGUAUAGGACUCUCCAUUCAGUAGGGCCAGGGCUUGCACUGGGUUCCAGCUAUUGGAAUGUCUAAAUUGGUGGACUUGGGGGGGGGGGGGGAGGCAGCCACCAAGCCUCGUGUUGUCAUCAUCAUCAUCGGAACACUUGCUCUGUCUGCCCUCCUCAAAGAGCUGGGUGUCCUGUACCUAUGCAAAGUAAGAGCACCUUAUAGGAGACCCUGGGUAGGGAUGGGAACGUGGUGUUGGCCAUACGAAUGUUAAGUGAAACUGCACAGAGGAAAGCUUAAUAUAUCUUUAAAGAUUGUACAUAGUGCUUUUUUACGGAGUAGAAAGACGUCAUCUGGUAUCAGAGACACCGCUUAUUUUCUGUAAGGGUAUAUACGGAGGUUCUGCAGCGCCACACCCUUAAUUUGUGCAACCAUGAAUUUUGGCAAUUUUAUUUUUUGUAUUCAUGUGACUUUUAAAAAGAUUAUUUCUUGAAAGAGGUCCUGACCUUUUCCUUCAGAUAUUUAAAAGAAAAGAAAAAAAAAACACUUAUUUCAAGAGAAAAGAGAAUGUGCUUUAUCUGAUUCCCCAUAGGUCACACAUCAGCCACGCCGGCUCUCCUAGAUGUUUUGACCUGCAACCAGGAAACAGCAUUUUUUUUUAAUGCAGAGCUAAGUUUCCUUCCCCUGGGCAUGUACCCUCCCCUAUCUCCUGUAGCCUCACUGCUGUGAAAUGAUGUCCUAGCUGGUCCAAGAGGCCCCAUGCCACACAGAGAUUGUCAUGGUCAGCUGUUGGGUCACGGUCACCAUGGGCUUAAAUAAGAGAUGGAUCUUAGGCUACAGGUUUUCCUCCUCAGCAAAAUACUACAAUGAUGUGAAGUUAAAGCCAUCUUCUCUUGAAGAACUUUGGGAUGAAGGAUGCUCUCUGCACGAGAGCAUUCCUUGAUCAAGACACCGUGGCUGUUUCCCCCAGAGACACAGCCCAAGGGUAGUUCUGCUUAACUGUGCACAUCGUCAGCAAAAUCAUGAGACCGAAUACACCUGACCUGGAUCCCUGAUUGUCCCUAAAGCCUUUGUCAUACCAGCUCUUCUGCAUCUCCAGCCCAGGCAUUGUGUCUUCUCGUCCAGCUUCCAGGUGCAGCCAGAUCCUGAGUCCAGUUCUGGACACAUAUGCCCAUUCCCCUUGUGGAAGGGUGAAAUCUCCAGGGGACCAGAAAGCUCUGAGUUGCAACACAUGGUUGCUGGUUCUGUUUUGUUAUGACUUCCGGUUUUUAAGUAGUUAUUUUAUUAUUUGGGGAGCCAAAUGAAGUGCCAAAUGAAGCCUGACUUCAUGCCAUCACCAUGAAACUCAGUUCUUUUUGUGUCUGCAUUUUGUGGAGAAGCAAAGAAAGAAAGGGUGAGGAGAAGAAGAAUCUCAGGCGAGCUGGCCGUUAGCCUGAAGCUGUAUGCAUCCCCGGGGUAAUAGCCCUGUCUACAAAAGGAGUGUUUAGGCUAUGAAUCCUUUCCCAGUGGAAAAGUCUGGUUCCUUUUCUUCCUCGAUGGCCCUUCCUCCAAAAAAGGUUUCUCAUUUUUCCCAGAGAAGGCAUUUCACAGUGACUGACAAGACAUUCUCUUGCCAGCUACAAAGCAAAAGCAAUGUGUGCAACAGGCAAUAGUUUCUAGCCUUAGCCUUCCCAGAGUGUGGACACUUAGUUUGCAGAAGUCUGUGAGGCGACAACGUGGAGAAACACUCCAGGUAGCAAGUACGUCACAGAGGCAAUGCAAGAGACCUGAGCACACCUGCCUCCUGCUCAUCUUCUCAGGGCUGGUCAGCCAGGGCUCCUCCAUGUCUGUUGCAGCUGUCUGGAACAAGUCAGAAGCUGCUUUGUCCAAGGCCUGUCAUACAGGCCUACCUUUCUGCCACCUUAUGUCUAGGAGGUUUCUUUCUCUCUCGAGUGGCAAAAGCCAGCGUCAGGAAGAAAGCAAAGGGUUUCCAAACCAGAAUAGACUUUAUGGUGCCUGUUGGCAGCUCCAUGUUCAAAAGGUUCCCUCAUGAGAUGAUCCUCUGCCUCCUGUGACCAGGCUGCAAAUGAACAUUAUCAGUAGAGAACAGCACUGAUGUCAGAUGGCCCUUGGGCUUUCCAACAAUCUCUUCAGAGAUGGCCACAUGUAUGUUGCAUCAAAUUUCCGAAACUGAAUCGUUCCCCAUUGCUCUUCAAGACGACUCGAGUUGCCAUCUCUGGUCCUGGUAUAUUACACUUGCACAAGAAGCCCCAGGCUCCAAGUGAGUUGGCCCUGCAGGAGGCCAUUUCGUCUCUCACUUCAACUGCACUGCAAGAAGAGGGUGUCACUCACUGGAGAAGGUUCGAGAAAAGAGGUGAGAGCUGUUCAUGCAAGAGAAUUGUUGAGCAUAAUAGCAGAAUCCUGUAAAUAUUACUCAUUUCCUCAGGGAACCAGGAAGGAUGUGCGAAGACAGAUCUGGAGAACCCCAAGACUAGGAGGAAUUUUACUGUCUCAAGUCGUUUCUUGUCAGAACAAGUUUUGUUUUGUUUUGUUUUGUUUUGUUUUCACAUAGACUCAGUAGUAUGAUUUCAAGACAAAUCCGUAUCAACUGGACAGUGUCAACUUCCAUGAGGUGCACCUGCCACAUAACUGUCUUCUUGUAGCUGGCCUCAAGCUGACUGACGUUUGAGCCACAGGCGCAGAGCCUGCUGGUAUUUGUAGACACAGUGAGGCUUUCUCUGAAUGUAAUUGUGAACAAGAAGCCUUGCUCUUGCUUGUUGUAAUCUCCUGGUGUGGGCAACUGUUUAUUAGCUAUACACAGCAUUCUCUAAGUGAAAGAAAGCUGUUCGAGACCUGUGCUUUGCUUAGUGGCAUGUUUAGGAGCACACUGCCAUGGACUCUUAGGGACCAGGUGCUGCUUUUUGUCACAUCCUGUAGGAUUUCCACCAACCUCAGCUGUAGCAUUGACCUAUGUGAAUACAUACAGAAGAGUGGUACCCAUCGGUAUAACAGACAUGAUUGGGAGCGUGGGUCAUUUGGGAGGCAUGCUAGGCAUGCAAAUCAACUGGAAAGUUUAUUUCUGUAAGAAACCUCCCAGCAGCACACAGGCUCCCCUGUUCCUCCUACCUGUGGGGAUUUCUCCAUGCUGCAAUCAUUUCAUCCUGUCUUUUCUGCAUUGUAGAAAUUUAGCCAAAUGAGAAGUUAGUAAAUAAAAUAAGGUUAGCACUUUUAGGUACCAGUUGUCCUAAGUAAUGCACACCAACAGAGCAAGGAAGAAUGAAAUGUCCUCAAGACUGACUUGCUUCUGAUGACUGGCUUUGGAAAGGUCCAUUUCCAAUGAUAUACAGGCUUUAAAGAGUAUACCUAUCACAGGACCAGGAAUCAAAAUGGAAUUUUAUUUCCUGUCCUGUUUUGUAAAUAGCUCCUUUUUUUCUGAAGACAAUCUCAUGUUUUAUAACUUUUGUUGUGUGGGUCUGAGAAUCACAAUUGUAAUGUGUUAUAGUAAAUAUAAUCUUAAAUACAAUAAUAAUUACAACUUAAAUUUCCAAAUGAAAGAAAUUUACCGCUUAGGUGUCUACAAGAGACAUGACACUUUUAUAAUAAGCAUUAGUACUUCUCAAGUUUACCAGAACUGGAAAUAUUUUACAAGAUACAGUGUUUUAUAAUCACAGAGAACAUGAACUCUUUGUGGGGAAUGACCUUGGUUUUAUACAUUGUAGCUUAUUUUUUAAAAUGCAGUAUUUUAACCGACAGGAAGUGUUGAUAUGGUACACAGUUCCUGUUCACCAAUCCAAGGGCUAUGCCUCUUUUAAGCAAGUGUUUUGAUGCAUAUCUUUUCACUUAACCCGCUGAGCAAGGGUAGAAGUGCAGAACAGAUAGAAAGGUUAUUUGCAAGAGAAUCUAUGUAGCAGCAACUUCUCCCUUAUCAUGAUGACCAAUGUGUUUUCAAAGCAUCUGGGGGGAGGGGCGGGGUCAUGUGAAGAUUUACUUUCUAUAUUUUAAACAUAAGAAAAGAUGCUAGCAGAUAGACUUCCAGGCUAUGGAAGAAAUAUUCCUUUAGUGUGAAAUGAAUUCUCCUAUAAGUUUUCCUGUUGGCCUAUCGGAACUACAUGCCUGCAUUUGAUGAACAAACAUCAUUUGGUUGGGGAUGGCUAAAAAUCAUAGGAUAUACACCCAGAGAACUUUCAGACAGUCAGCAGUGUUGGAGAUAAUUUUAUUCUCACCACCAGCUGAAUAAUUUCCUUGUCAGAACAACGGCUUUGUUUGACUUUUAUCUGUUUUUCACUAUGAAAAACUCACAGGCACACAAGGUUGUGAGCAGAAAAUGACAGUAUUCCCACGGGACAGAAGAGACAAACAGGGAGCCACACAGACAGUUGUGAGCUUGGCCAAGGCUAUGUGAAGCUGUCCCGCAUCCUCAAGCCCGCUGUCUGUCAGAGACAGCAUCUUUCCCGCCCAAGCGUUCAGUGAUUCAUUAAGCUCAUCCAGUUUCACUAAGGAUGCGGACAGUAUCAAAAGAGGAGCUGCUAUGGGACGGCUGUUGGGUAACACAACAAGUGGUCAGCAGAUUGAAUCUGUUCCAUACGAGUUAUAAAUGCACGGUGGGAGGGAAGCCCUUGUGCAGCCUCGGCGCCCUGUCUGUCCGUGCCACCCCCUUGGAUUAGCACCACAGGUAGCUCUUGCAUGCCCACCUGGGGUCACUGCCAUGUGGUUUUGAACUGUGUUCAUCUUAUUCUACCUGUGAACGGAAGCUUCUUUACAGAGGCUGCCAAUUUGGAUACUUUAGGAUGGCCGGCCAGUCCUGUAGAUGAUCAGCACAUACCAGGACAAAGAAAGACACUAGGGAGCAGUGGAAAUGGUAUUGGACUAGGCAGCUGACGUCUUCUGAGAAGGAAGACCCACACUGAGCCACACUGAGCUUCUGACAAUCAGAACCCACAGACAUCAGGCCAGGUUGCUAGGUCCCAAUUGGAGACAUGGCAUCACCUGACAAUGAAGUGUUGACCACUAACAUACGUUCCUGGCCAGUACUGCAGACCAAAGAAAAGCCAGUUGGGGGCAGAGGUAUCCUGUAGCCAGAGUUCCAGCCAUGGAAGUCAACCCCACGUAGAUGCACAUGUGAGCACAAUCUGAACAGUAGACAUUUCAAAGAAGAAAAGCUACUUCUCCCUAGAGAUUAUUCUCAUGGAAGACAAGAUAGAAAUGUCAUAUCCUUAGAUUGGCCUUGCCCCUAAUCAGAACAUACUGAGUUGUUACCCAGCCCUGGUAAAAGCUGCCUCAUGGCAUACCCAGGCCAUCCGCCAAAGUACUGAGUAGCUGUAAUCCUGACUCUGACUGUGUCUGCUACCGUGACCACUGUGAUGAAGGGCUGGCCAAACAGAACAAAACAAAAAGCAGUCUUGUGCCUUUGCAGAAGGCAGCCAGGUGCCCCUGAAGUUUCAAGGUGACACACGGCGCCUCUUGUGCCAAAGCCCUCUGCCCUCUCUCCAUGCUCCCCAGGUCAUCCUCCUUGCUUCACUGUAAAAAUCAAAAAUCAAAAUAAAUAUCUCACCUCUGAUCUGGCAAGGUCCUCCCUUCAGAACUAAUAGACACUUAGGUGUUUUGGGGUUUCCAUUCACCUUAAAGGAAGUUUUUCCACAUAGGACAACCAUAGCACCUUUGUCUGAGGGCAAAAUCAAAACGAGAAUAACUAUGUUAUGGGGGGGUGGUGAAAAAUUAAACUAUUUCAUCAUUCUGAGCGAUUAUAUUAUUUUAAAGUCUACAUUAUUUUGAAGUCCUAAUGUUACAGGGAUAGUUCUUACGUGAUAAAGUGUGUCUCAUUCAGAUGUUAUUUCUUUUGCUCUUCAUAUAAGAACCUAGUGUAGAGAACUAAGGUCACUAUCCCACAUUCCGAGGCCAGCCAGAGUAGUCUUGAACCCAUGAGUCAGCACCAUUGCUACCUGCAAAGAGGAAGGAAGGGGCUGGCUUGGCUGGCUUCCACAGUGACUCAAGAGCACCGCUGCCAUGUUCUCCAUCCAGAAGUAAAAAGCACACUCGUUUCUAAGUGCAAAUUUAAUCAUCCCCAAAGUGUCCUCUUCCUUCAGCCACCAUGCUGAUCCCCAGGUUCCAUCCAGCUAAGUGGUAAAGUGUAGGAAUUUAUUAGCUAAAGCAAUAUUCUAAAUAAAAAUUUUGACUCCUUGGGGGGAAGGAAUUUGCUGCUGGUGUCUAGCUUUUCAGGCUCUAUAAGUUUAAAUUUGAAGGCAGUUAAACAGUGCUGACAAAGGUUGAGAUUGGGUCCAUUGGGAAUGAUUAAAAGGCUGUCCAAUAUAUGAGUGCACUUCAUCCAAGGCUUUCCGGUGUCCUGGGCUGAGCAUCCUGAGUUCAGGGUAAAGCACAUAAGGAAUCAUGUCAUAGAACUAGAAGGAACCCCCAAGAACUCUAUUGGCCUGUUACCUCAUUCAUUGGCAGGUUUUUAAAAAUUAUUUGUUCUUGUGUUUUAAGUGAUUCGGUGCUGGGAGGCAGAGUGGGUAGCCCUUUUCUACCCUGACGGAGAGGCAGCCCGUCAUCACAUAGCUCACACUGGUGCUUGACGGGCAAUAUGCAGAAAGAGCCCAGUGGUAGCCAACAAGUACAAAGCAAAUAACCAGAAUUUGACGUCAGUUUCAGAAUUAAAUAGUAGUUCUUUUUUAAUGUUCUUUCUCAAUGGGCAUUAGCCAUAGAAUUGUGAGUCUUUGAAGAGAGCACCCCCUUUAUGCUACAAAACCACUGGAAGCCGAUCCUUGAGACUGACUACUACACUUCCUUAUGAGGAUCAAUCCCCCCCCAAAAUUUUAAUCCAAAAAAUUAGCCAAAAAGUAGAACAUGGCUAUCAUCAAAGAAGAAAACAGUUGCAGAUAAAGAGGACCUCCCAUUUUCUUCUGUAUUGUCCCUCUGUCCCUGUCUGAAGAGGGAGGCCAACACUGGAGAAGACGGAACUUUCCGAGUCGGACAGAAGAGUCCCCAUCUAAUUACUAUGUCCAUCUUGGAAGCAGUGUGCAGAUCAUCCGGUAGACUUCCAUUCCUUUUUUAAGGUCCUCAGCUCCCCAACCCAGAGGACAGAGAGUCGUCUCGGUUCAUUCCCAAAGCCAGGGAUGAGCCAUUUCUGUUCACUGGCUGCUUAUCGCAUGCUUUCUCUGAGGCCCCUGCCCCAGGGCCUGGAUGCUUAUCCUGUCUUGCACAUCUGGCUCAGUGAGUGGCUAUCCUCAUCCUGCAGGACCAGUGCUCGGUCCCUGUCUGAAGAGGUGCAGUCUCCUUAUGGUGAGGAGAGGGUCUGUCUCAGCACCAUCCUGCCCACUGAGCACAGAAGAUGAAUUUCAGACUCACUGAGAGAGGUAGCUGCCACUCCUUCCCUGUGCCUCAGGGUACUCUUUCCAGGAUCCAUCCCCAAAUGGGGAAAGGAUGUCUAACUUGACAGAUUACAAUCUGAGGGAUUUUUUUUUUUUUUUUAGCCCCUUUCUUUGUAUUCUUAUUGGAAGUCAGUGGCUGUGACAUGACAUGAUCGAUUCCCAAUGUCCCAACUGGGGAAACUGAUCACUGGGAGAAAGCUUCAGGUGAAAUCUAGAUAUCUCAGAAGCAUGUGGUAUCUCCCAACGCAUACUGCUUCCAUGACUUCCAUAACUAAAAAUACCCUGAGUAUAAAAAUGAGUUUGGCCGGUGGAUCAUAAAGUAUAAACAUACCAUUACUCCAUAUUUUCCUACAGUGCACCCUAAAAUUCCUAUUUUUGUAAUUAAUGGUUAGACUAUGGUCAGCCACUUAAACACUCUAUGGAUCAACUACUCUACCCUAGUAUUCCAAAAAUACUUCAUAGCAAAGCCCUAUGUGCAUGGAAGAACUCAGGGUAAGAAAAUACUCGCUGGGUCCCAAAGUGUUCAAGACUAUCAUCAAAAGCAAAUGCCAGGCGGCCUGCGGCCAUUGCUUGCAAAUGAGGGGGCUGUGGAGAAGAAUAUUAGCUGCAGGUCCUCUGUUGCCCUUAGUGGUGGGGCUUACGCAGACUCUGCUGUUAAAGGUAAGCCAUCUUUUAAACUGUUUUCUACACCAAAUCUAAAAUGCCAACAAUAAAGAAAGGUUACUGAAUAUUGAAAAUGGGGUAGUUAGUGGAAGUGCUGUCCGUAGGAAGCUUUGCUCGUGGUGUCUGAGAAAAGCAACAGAAGCCAAACGGAAGCCCAGGGAGUGAUCCUCUGGGGCCAGGGCAUGAGGAGGUAGCUGCAAGCAUGACACACUAACUGGAGGUGUUGCGGCAAUGUUGUCCGGCAUAUGUAGAGGUCUUUUGAGGGACAAUCUUGCCAUCGUUUCAGGGGUAAGUACUUCCUUCCAAAGUCUUUAAUAAUGAAUGAAUGUAUAAAAUUAUAAACUAUGCAUUUUUAGAGAGAAACAUGUAUUUUAUAUCAAAAUCCAAGUACUUUUUUUUCAUAGAGACUUAUUACAACUACAGAUUAUUCGAAAUAAAUGAGAAUACAAAUCCUCAUAAGGGUGUGGGAUGCCUUUGUUUUUCUGUCCAAUGGUUUCAAGACCGUGCAUCCAGACUUUCACCUGAAACUCUGAGCUCAAACAACAACAACAACAACAACAACAACAAACAAAGCUAGCCAGUACAGUGGAUGAGGACACACCUUCUGCUAAGAGGGAACACUCAGAAAUGGUGCCCAGUUCUUAGAUACAUGCUUUAGUCACACUGGAUCAAUAGGUAAAUAAGGGCCAGGGAUGUGGCUCAGAGGUAGAGCACUCGCCUGGCAUAUGUGAGGGCCUGGGUUCAGUCCCCAGCACUGGGAAAUAAUAUCAAGAAGCAGGCAAACAAAACUGUAGGAAGUUAACAUUGCCUUGGCUAAAGGUGGCCCAGGUCUGUUGUGGUUAAUUCUCCAACCAGGGGGUGAGGAGUGCUCUUUAAAGAGUUGAUUAGAGUUGCAAAGAACAAAACAUAAAAAUAUUAUCUGACAAGGCAAAUAGUCAUUUUUUUCAAAAUUACAUGGAGAUGGUGGCUUAUAUUUUGAAAAAUCUGUAUAGAAUAUGCCUGAAUUUCUUCAGCCUCCUGCUGAUAGGCACGUUCACCAAACCUUCCCACUGAUGAUUGGUCUUGUCUCCUCCAGUACUUACUCCAUCCCUCAGCAUCUUUCCCUCCUCCAUCCCUCAGCAUCCGUCUCUUCUCCAUCCUUCAGUAUCCUUCCCUCCUCCAUCCCUCAGCAUCCUUCCCUCCAGCUGACAGUGAGGAAAUGCACUCCAUUUCUCUGCUGUUCCGGAUCUCCUCUGUGUCUGUUAAGGUUUCUUGGCUGUUUGUAAAAUACGGGAAAACCCACUUCUAAACCCUGUACUUAAGGCCAUUCUGGACAUGUCUGCUACUUAGUUAGAAGUUAGUCGGGGAGGGGCGAUGUCUUUUUAUAUGAUUUUUAGCCAAAUCCAGAUGUUCUGAUACUCCAUUUCUGAUACUUUUCUGACUGUAAAUACCACCUGCAGAGGUUCAGGUGGAGAAACCUUUUCUGAGACUGUUCCUCAGCCAUGCUCCUUACCAGCUUUUGGCACACUGUACAUAGAUUUGUCAAAUGUUUCAAUGAUGUUGUUUUUCUAAAUGCUGUUCUCUAACACAUUUUUUUAAAUUUUUUUUCCUUUGUUGUUCUGGACUUUGUGUUAGUUUUACAAAAUGUUUCCUAUGAUUUAACACCAGGAAAAAAAAAUUUAAUGAACUGGUGCUAAUUGGAAAAGAAGAAAAUUUUCAAGAUUUACAAAAGAAAAUGUUCACACCAGUUAAACUGCACUUUCCCAAGGGGAUGGCUGCUGUCCACUUACAAUGGGCAUCAAGAGGAUCAGCAGAUGUUUACAGUAUCCACGGCCCAUUUACCUGUAACACAGCAAGGAGCCCACCCCCAGAGAGGAGGAUUUGCUGGGCAGUCCUCAAAGCAUGUAGUAGAAGGAAAGCAGUAGUCUAAGAACCCUUUAGAAAUAGUCUUCUGGUCUUUGGACUUUCAUGUUCUGUAAUGCUUAGCUGUAACAAUGAAUAUGGUGUUGCCAAUCUCGUCUGAUGUCAUCGUCAACCUGUACUGACUCUGUGUAUGGUUCUACCCUUGGCUCGCACUGGCACAAACCAAGCCAGAACACGGGUCUUUUGGUAAGACCCUUCUGAUUUCUAUGGUGUCCACACACAUGAAUUUAGAUGCACUUGUAACUGGUUAGUGACCAUGAAGUCAGUCUAACUUCCACUUAAUAAAAAUUUUUGUGUAUCUGCUUC